AUUGAGGGCAUAAUAUAACCUUCCAUUUCUGAAGCUCUAGGGUUUCUCUUUCGUUGUUCGAGAGACGCGAGGAGGAGCGGCCCGGCGGAAGUCAUCGCCAAGGUUAGUUUGACAGGUUUUUGUGCAUUACCAGAUGGCUCCACCGGCUAAAGCCAAUACCAAGAAGCCAGAGGCAAAAACUCAGGCUUUGAAAGUUGCGAAGGCUGUGAAAACUGGAGCUUCUACCUUGAAGAAGAGAUCCAAGAAGAUCCGCACUUCUGUAACCUUUCAUCGGCCCAAGACUUUGAAGAAAGAGAGAAACCCCAAAUAUCCCAGAAUCAGUGCCCCACCAAGAAACAAGCUAGACCACUACCAGAUUCUGAAGUUCCCUUUGACUACUGAGUCUGCCAUGAAGAAGAUCGAGGACAACAAUACACUUGUCUUCAUUGUCGAUAUCCGUGCUGACAAGAAGAAGAUUAAGGCAGCUGUGAAGAAGAUGUAUGACAUUCAGGCGAAGAAAGUCAAUACACUGAUCAGGCCUGAUGGCACGAAGAAGGCUUAUGUGAGAUUGACUCCGGACUAUGAUGCCUUAGAUGUUGCUAACAAGAUUGGUAUCAUCUAAGUUAAUAACUAGGCUACUAGAAGACUGCUUUUUUUCAUUUUAUUUGAGAUAUUUCUUGCCAGUGCUGAGUUGCAGAACUAUUGUUGUUUUGUUUGCUUUGAUUGCCACAUUUUGUUAGCUCAAUGAAAGCUUGAAGAGGAUGCUUAGUUGUAAAAGCUCAUAUAGGUUAUUGAGCAUUCAAGUCUUGUUCUCAUUUUGAAGUUUA